UAACUCCGAAAUUAUAGAGAGAGAGUUUUUGCUUUUUUUUUUUCACAACGUAAAUUAUUAUUAAAUCUUUUGAGACAUACAUAACAACAAAUCAGAAGAGAGGUCUUUGCGAUUUUCGAUCUCUCUCUCUCUCUCUUUCUCUUUCUCUCUCUAGAACUCUCCGAUUUCAUUCCUCUCUCUACCGACGAACAAAUUUGUUCCGAUUUGGAUCUGAAUCAGAUUGCAGUUUGAGCCUUUUGGCGCUGGCUCGUAACUUGUACUGAACACUAGCCAUUACAAUGAAGAAGGUUAUUGGUCAAACUGUUCGGGACCUUAAAAGAGAAGUGAAUAAGAAAGUGCUGAAAGUUCCUGGGAUUGAACAGAAAGUUCUUGAUGCUACCAGCAAUGAACCAUGGGGUCCUCAUGGAUCUCUUCUUGCAGACAUUGCUCAGGCAACCAGAAACCCUCACGAAUACCAGAUGAUUAUGUCAGUAGUCUGGAAACGAAUUAACGACACUGGAAAGAAUUGGCGUCAUGUCUACAAGGCUUUGACAGUACUGGAGUACUUAGUGGCUCAUGGUUCUGAGAGAGUCAUAGAUGAGAUCAGAGAACAUGCUUAUCAAAUAUCAACUUUAUCCGAUUUUCAAUAUAUUGAUUCCAGUGGAAGAGAUCAAGGAAACAAUGUCAGGAAAAAAUCUCAGAGUCUUGUUAUCCUUGUGAAUGAUAAAGAAAGAAUCGUAGAGGUUAGGCAGAAGGCUGCUGCUAAUAGGGAAAAGUUUCGCAACAAUACACCAGGUGGAAUGUAUAGGCCUGGUUCACAUUCAAGCAGUGGAAACUAUGGUGAUCGAUAUGAUGAAGAUCGUUAUGCAAGCAGGGAGGAAGAUAGAAAUGGCUAUGGUUAUGGAAGAGAAAGAGAAAUGGGCUCUAGAGAUGAUGAUCGAUAUAGUCGCGAUGGAGAUCGUUAUGGUAGAGAUUACGAGGAGCGUUAUGGCAGGGAAGGUUACAGAGAUGAUGACUACAGGGGAAGAAGUCGAAGUGUUGACUACCAAUAUGAUACAAGAAGCAGGAGCUCUGAUAGAGACCGUGAUUUGGAUGAUGAUGGCCAAAACUCGUCUCGAGGUAGCAAUGCUAAAGUUGAAGACCAGUCACUGGAAGCAAGACUUCAGCGAAAGAUUUCUGAGCAAAAUGUGGGUGCUCCUCCUAGUUAUGAAGAGGCUGUUGGUGAAGCUCAGAGCCCCAUGCAGGGUGAAAGGGACUUAGAAACUUCAGCAGACUCUGCUCCAAGAGGCUCGUCUCCUCAUGCAAGUGAUAAUCCUAACCUAACCUCUGCUCCUACUGGGUCUUCUCCUGUAAGCAAUAACCCAACUGAAGUAACCACUGCUGCCAGUACUGCUGCUUCUGGAACCCAAGAAAUUGAGCCCACUGAUGAUUUCUUUGACCCGCGUGGUCCUACAUCAGCUGCCCCCCCAACCACCUCUAAUUAUGGUGAAAUAGACUUGCUGGGUUCUCUAUCAGACUCGUUCUCUUCAAAUGCAUUGCCUCUUGUGCCAGCUACAGCAACUGCAACCCCUGAAGCAAACACUGGUUCAACAGCUUCCUUUGCAGCACCGUCAUCUGGGUCCAAUAAUUUCAAUCAGUCUUUUGAAGAUCCAUUUGGUGAUUCACCAUUCAAGGCUGAUACUUCUGCUGAAACUGCUCCAUCUCAACCCCAUACGUAUCAGAAUAUUGAACCAUCCCAAUCAGAUGUGUUUAAUGCUGAAACAAUCUCUAACUUUGGGUUUGGAGACUCAUUUUCUGUUGUACCAUACUCAGCACCUGCUACCAGUGACACUCAACCUUUCUCAACAAACCCCCAUUUUUUGUCCCACGAUUCAUCAUCUCCACAGCAGGAAACUGAUAUUCUUGCCGACAUUCUUCCUCCUGCACCAUUACCCGAUAUGGCAUCACAGCAUAACAGUUCAGGUUCUGCUUUUGCCCAACCUUCACCUUCCUUUUCAGCUUCAUCUGGCCAAAUGGUAUCACAACCAUUUUCUGAACCAACCAGUCAAUUUGCUCAGCAUGGCUUCUCAGCUGCAACCAGUCAACCUGCACAAAACCUUCCCAGUCCGUAUGCACAGCAACCUUUUUCUUCUCAUUCUGGUCAACCUGGCUUGCAUGGAUUUUCAUCAUCUACUGGUCAUUCUAUGCAGCCAACUUAUGCUUCUCAAGGCGGUCAAUCUGCACAAUCAAGUGGUCAUAAUGAGUAUAAUACCUAUGGUGGAUUGUACUCCCAGGAUGGAUCUCUUACUUCAGGAGCUCCAAACAUGUAUUCUCAACCCCAAAAUGGAUAUAAUGGUCAUAUGAACAGUGGGAACCUUUUGCCACAGGGAUCCACGCCAGGUUUUCCUUCACACAUGACUCCACAAGCUCCACAGAACACAAACUUUCCCCAUCAUGGAGGAUCUGCUGCUCACACUACUUCCCAUAUGGCGUCUCCUUCUCCAACCGAUCAAGCAUCACAGUUUAACAGCCAGAGCUUCAUUGGACAACAAGGAAAUGCAGUUCCAUUUAGCUCAUCAUAUACCCAUCAAGUACCUACUCCCAAUUCCUCACACUACGCUGUUUCAACGGGAUCAAAUGCUUUAGUUUCUCAACCACCAAAGGACAAGUUUGCAACAAAAUCAACAGUUUGGGCAGAUACACUAAGCAGGGGACUUGUUAAUUUAAACAUAUCCGGACCUAAAACUAAUCCAUUAGCAGAUAUUGGGAUUGACUUCGAAUCCAUUAAUAGGAAGGAAAAGAGAAUGGAGAAGCCCACUACCGCACCCGUAACAUCAACCGUCAAUAUGGGUAAAGCUAUGGGAUCUGGUUCAGGUAUAGGUCGUGCUGGUGCUGGUGCUCUCAGACCUCAGCAAAACACAAUGAUGGGUCCUGGCAUGGGCAUGGGUAUGGGUAUGGGCAUGGGUAAUGCUCCCGGUGUGGGUAAUGCUCCUGGUGGUAUGGGUAUGGGAGGUUAUGGAGGCAUGAAUCCAUCCAUGGGUAUGGGUAUGGGCGGUGGUAUGGGGGUGGGAAUGGGUAUGGGGCAAGGAUACCAAAUGCAACCCCCUACUGGAAUGCCUCCUCCCGGGUCGAACAUGCCAGGUAACUAUAACCCUAUGAUGGGUCCAGGUGGUUAUUCUCAACAGCCUUAUGGCGGUUACCGAUGAGGUCGAACAUUAUUUCUCGUAGAUGGAAAGGUGAAAAGUAUUGUUAAUUGUUUUGCUACGAAGUUGAGAGAAGCCAUUUCAAUACCAGUGCCUACUAGUAGUCCAUAUUGACAUUUGGAUUUUAUAGUAGUGUAUGAUUGAAGUUGCAAUUUUCUGUAAAGUGACCCAGUGUGGUGUAUGUUAUAAAAUGUGCUAUUACCAUUCUUUUUUUUUUCUUCUUUUUUUGGGGUCACCCUUCUGUAGGUGCUUUGAGCAUCAGCGCUGUUGUGUACCAGUGAUGGGAUAGAGUAACCUUGGGUUAUUGCUUCCUUAUUUUUUUGAACACCAACAGGUGGUUUGAUAUUAAUAUAUUCUUUUUUCUCAUUUUACUUUUC